AUGCUGUUCCCUGUUAAGAUAAAGAAAAACAACUCAGAACUAAUUGGAAGAGGUUGCAAAGUUAAGCCUAAACCUGAAGAAAAGCUUGUUAAAGCAAACUACGCUGUUGAUUUAUCAGAUGUUUCAACUAAAGAUUGUGAAUUUGCCUCGAUCCAAGGAAGAAGGAAAUACCAGGAGGAUCGAGUAACAUGCAACCUUGAUCUUAGUAUUCCUUUCUUUAGACCCAAUGAUGGCGGCCUAGAUGUGGUAAGCGUUGGCGCUGUUGCAGUAUUUGAUGGUCAUAUUGGAUCGGCUGCUAGUGACAUGGCGUCAAAGCUCUUUUUGGAAAAGUUUAUCCUUAAGAGUUACGCUGAACAAUCUUCUAACUAUAUGGAAUUCCUAAACUCAUCAUUAGUUGAAACCAUUGAGGAAAUUGAUGCAGAAUUCUCUAAGGUAGCUCUUGAACAUGAACUUUAUUCGGGAUCUACUGCAGUUGUUGCUGUUAUAUAUAACAAUAGUCAUGUUUUAGUAGCAAAUGUUGGCGAUUCGAAGGCGUUUAUUUGCUCUGGUUCUUCGGUGAAGGAGUUGACGAGAGAUCAUAAUGCAUAUAGGUUGGAGGAGAGGGCUAGGGUUGAAACUUCUGGAGGAGUAUUUACUCAUAGUUAUAAUAAUAAGGUUCCUGAUCUCCUAAUGGGACACUUUCCCAUGACUCGAGCUAUAGGCGAUGUUUUUUUGAAAAAAUAUGGCAUUAUUGCUACUCCAGAGGUGACUGAUUGGCUACAUUUAACUUCAGAGGAUGAGUUUUUGGUGGUGGCUUCUGAUGGAAUAUUUGAAAGCUUAAGUCCCCAAAAAGUUUGUGACUUUACAAAUGAGGCAGAGGACAAUUCUGAUACAGCAUUAUUGGCUAAACAACUUGUUCAGAAAGCAUUUUUAGAAGGCAGCAGUGAUAAUUUAUCUUUUGUUUUGGUUCAAUUGGGAGUAGAGAGGGUUUCUCCUGUAAUUGAUUAUUUUUGA